AAAUUUAUAGGUGUUUUAAAUGCUGCCCACCACAGCAAACGAGCAUCACACCAUCUCACACAGCAUCAGUGAAAGCUCUGAGCUCAUGGUCACUACCUUCAGCAUCUCUGCGGCCAGCAAUGACACUGCUGACCAUAUCUAUUUUGGCCGUUUUUGCCUUAAGAUUUUUCCACAAUGCUGCUUCAGGAGAGGUGGAGGCACACAUGUUUACCGACAGAGAAGCAUCUAAGAAGCUCAGCUGGAAUGAGCUUCUCCGUCUGAAGGAGCUGCAGCGCAGUAAGGUGCCUCAGUUCAUGAAGGAGCUGUAUGCAGCCAUGGUGGACUCGGGUGGAACCAUACAGGAGCAAAACAAGCUGGAUGGAAACGUGGUAAGGAGUUAUGCAGCGCAUUCUAACGGGGCAUUUCACUUCUUUAACCUAACGUCCUUUAGCCGAGGUGAAAAGGUCAUCAAAGCAGAGCUGCGCUGGUUUCGGCGUACUCAACCGUUUUGGAUGGGACAUCAUUUUUAUAAAGCUGAUUUGUAUGAGAUGCUGGAUGGCCGAGUGAAACCAUGGCGAGGAAACCUGAUAACAUCAAGGUUGUUGCCUAUGAACACCACAGGAUGGGAGGUGUUCAACAUCACAAACACAGCAACCAAAUGGAUUCUCAACAGCAGCACCAAUAACGGCAUUCUGGUUGUUUCAACUUUGCCGUCGGGGCAGUGGUUUGAGACAACUGUAUCAACAGGAGGACUAACAAAGUCAGAAGAAAACGAUGCCUAUCUGGUUAUCUACUCGGACGAUGGUCGCAGAGGCUCAGCUAAAGGUCAGAAAAGUGCUUCACCCUUGGACUUGGUCUUAGAAUCCAAACUCUCUCAGCAGACAGCAGGGCGUAUACGUAGGAGCACAGCCCGAUUUUCACCUGACCACGAGCAGUUUGUAACAUGCCAGAGAGCACCUCUCUAUGUGGAUUUUGCUAGAAUUGGCUGGUCUGGUUGGAUAAUAUCACCUAAAGGCUACAACGCCUACCACUGUGUGGGAUCCUGCCCAUUUCCUCUGGGUGGGACUUUGCGAGCGACUAACCACGCCAUCGUCCAGUCCAUAGUGGAUGCAUUAAAACUGUCAAAUAAGAUUGAGCAACCAUGCUGUGUGCCUGACAUACUUCACCCAAUAAGCCUGUUGUACUUCGACGAUGAAGAAAAUGUUGUGCUCAAACAGUACGAUGACAUGGUGGCAGGUAACUGUGGCUGCCACUGA